AUGAAUUAUACUCAAUCGAAUGGGCUUCCUGAGUAUAUAACACUUUCCGAAUAUCUUUUCCACAGACUAAAACAAUUAAAUAUAGAAACGAUUUUUGGUCUGCCAGGAGCUUUCAACACAGCAUUGAUAGAUAAAUUGUAUACUGUAUUAAAUUUACGUUGGGCAGGUAAUACUAAUGAAUUAAAUGCUGCCUAUGCGACAGAUGGUUAUUCAAGAUUAAAAGGUCUAGGCUGUCUGGUAACAACUUUUGGAGUUGGUGAACUGAGCGCAGUUAAUGGCAUAGCUGGUUCAUAUGCGGAGCAUGUUGGUAUAUUACAUGUCGUAGGUAUGCCACCAACGAGUGCACAAACUAAACAACUAUUGCUACAUCAUACUUUGGGCAAUGGCGAUUAUAACGUUUACAGUAGAAUGGCAAGCGAAAUCACAGCUAACACAAGAUUGAUCAGUGACACAGAAUUGUGCGCAGAACAUGUUGAUCAAUCCAUUUGCACGGCCUGGAUACAACAGAAACCUGUUUAUCUCGGUAUACCGAUAAAUCUCAAUGACACCCCAGUUGAAUCUAAAAAAUUAAACUAUGCAUUAAACAUUCAGGCACCUACUAACAAUCCGGUAGUUGAGAACGAGGUUAUCGAACAAAUUUUGAACAAAAUCUACAAGGCAAAGAAUCCAGUGAUUAUAUCUGAUGCUUGUGUUACGAGGCAUCGCUUAAUCAAACAGACUCAAGAGUUUUGCGAAAGGACAAAAUUCCCAGUGUUUGCUACACCGAUGAGUAAAGGUUCAAUUGACGAAAGCCUAAUGAGCUUUGGUGGGGUUUUCAUGGGCUCUAUCUCUUCACCAGACGUUAGAGAGGUUGUUGACUUUGCAGAUGUCUUGAUCGUCAUUGGUUGUCUCUUAUCGGAUUUUAAUACUAGCUCAUUCCAUUUUGCAUAUAAGACAAAGGAUAAUGUCCUUAUUUAUCCAACUUGUGUUAAAUUAAAAAACUCAACCUAUCCAGAUCUCUACAUUGAGUCGUUGAUGAAGGCACUCCUGUUUGCCUUAGACGAGUCACGAAUAACUUAUACAGCUACUCAUCCACAAAGAAUGAUAGUACCUAGAUCGGAACUACCAAAUAGACAUUCACUUAGACAGGAAUGGAUUUGGAAUCAGAUCUCACAUUGGUUCAGAGAAGGUGAUAUUAUAAUAACAGAAACAGGUACCUCUUCAUUCGGUAUUAAUCAAACCAAAUUUCCACAUGGAUCUUCCGGUAUAUCUCAACCACUUUGGGGGUCAGUCGGGUAUUCUCUUGGUGCCUGUCUCGGUGCUUCCUUCGCUUUGCAAGAAUUAAAGCUGAAUCAGUUGAACCCUUUUCCUAGCAGAGUCAUUUUAUUCGUAGGUGACGGUGCUUUCCAAUUAACAGUGCAGGAGCUUUCGACGAUUAUAAGAUGGGGAUUGACUCCAUACAUUUUCAUACUGAACAAUCAAGGUUACUCCGUUGAUAGGUUCUUACACCAUCGAUCGAAUGCAAGUUACUAUGAUAUUCAAUCUUGGGACUAUCUGCGAUUAUUACCGACUUUCGGUGCAACAUCAUACGAAACCAAAAAAGUUGUCACCGUUGGUGAUUUCUUGCAGAUGAUUCAUGAUCCCGGAUUUUCUAAGGACGACAAGAUAAGAUUGCUAGAGAUUAUGCUACCACCAAUGGAUGUGCCUCAAGCUUUGAUGGAUAAGUGGCUAACAGAGCAAGAAACGAAGAAAAGAACGGGAAGCGAAUCUGACAUAAGUACACCAAGCUCCCAAAUUAGCAUAAAAAGAAUCAAACCAGAAAAUUUGAUGCUCGCCGAUAAUGAUAUAUGA